CUCAAAGUCAUAGUAUCCCAGCAAACACAACCGCUGAUGGACUUUGAUAUCACCCGUCCUGAUAGUUCAACUAUCACUGAAUAUCAAAGAGAAAGAACUGAAGCAUGGAGGAAAACAGGAGUUGUAGUGUCAGUUACACCAAGUCCUACUCCAAGAGUCAGUCUUCAAGGAAGAAUCUCGCCACCUCCUCAGAGGCCAAGUUCACCUUUAUCAUCAACAUCUAGAAGUAUUUAUAAACCACGUCCCAAUCCGAAAACAGGAACUAUGCUGUACAUUAAGAGUGCCAAUGAUUGGUUGGGCGGUGGUAGAAAUUUGCAUUAUAUGGCUGCUGGGCAACGGCCAAAAUCUGGCCAUGUACCAGGUUAUCUUGAAGGAAUGGAGCCAAGAAUGAGGUCAUUGCAAGCAAAUAGAUUUAGGAAUAGGCCAAGUAAAUCUGCAGGGCUAUCAAGGAGUAAUAGUCGUUCUGGAAACAGACUUCAUCGUUCAAUGGAGACCUUGAUGCCUGAUUACGUCCAGCAAUCACGUCAACACCCAAUGCGUCAAUUAGGUAAUCCCUCCUAUGGCUCUCCUAAAAGACCUCCCUCUCCUCUUAAUAUGACUUAUCGGUAGAGCUAGUUACAAUAUCAUAGCUUGUAUGGUGUGUUCUUAUCUGGCUUGAUUUAUUUGUUUUGUCUUGUUAGCAUCAAAACCAGCUUGUUUUACGUUCAUUCCUCCCUCUCUUAAUUCAGGGGUUAACAUGUUCAUUAGAAAAGGGUUUUUACUUCUCAUCCCAG